CGGGCGCCGCCCCCAGCCCCCGGCCCCCGAGGGCGCGCAGUUCCGGACCGCCCCCCGCCCCGACAGCCUAGCCAGCCUCCCGCUCGCGGCCGUCCAGCCCCAGCAGCGCCCCGAAAUGCCGGUCGAUUUCUCCGGGUACUGGAAGAUGCUGAGCAAUGAGAAUUUCGAGGAGUACCUGCGCGCGCUCGAUGUCAACGUGGCUUUGCGCAAAAUCGCCAACUUGCUGAAGCCAGACAAAGAAAUCGUGCAGGAGGGCGAGCACAUGAUCAUCCGCACGCUGAGCACCUUCCGCAACUACAUCAUGGACUUCCAGGUGGGCACGGAGUUCGAGGAGGACCUGACGGGCAUCGACGACCGCAAGUGCAUGACCACGGUGAGCUGGGACGGGGACAAGCUGCAGUGCGUGCAGAAGGGCGAGAAGGAGGGCCGCGGCUGGACGCAGUGGAUCGAGGGAGACGAGCUGCACCUGGAGAUGAGAGUACAGGGUGUGGUCUGCAAGCAAGUGUUUAAGAAAGUGCACUGAGGCCUGGGCACAUGGCCACCCCGGGCGUCCAGCGGCGAGCGGCGUGGACACAAAGGCCAGGACCCGCACCCCCUCCCCCAUCAACCCUCCUUGGCACUGCAUGAAAGAGAAUUGCCCAGACCCCCACACCUCCCCCAGCCCACACUGUCUCCCCCUCCUCCUGUCCCCCACCCUGGGCAUUUGUUCCCAGAGUCCAUCUUCUGGCUUUGUCUCUCCCUUUCCUUUUAUACAAAGACGCCCAAUAAAAGCCGGCACGGCUGUUUGCGAAGCGCUUCUAAGUUCCACUCGCCCACUUUCCUGCUGGCACUUCAGAGGCGGGUACCGGGGAGGCCACACUGGUGGGGAGGAGUUCAGCCACGUGCCUGCAGGGGGCGCCCCACGUGGCCUUCCCUAGGGACCUUGUUUGGGUACCACCUGGCCUGACCUCCCUUCUCUUAUGCAUGACAAAUUACCACCUGGCGUGUUCUGUACCCCGUGGCAUGGAGCAGGAGAUGCGUGCUGUGCCCCGGGGCUCGGGCCCUGCUUACAGAAACCCCGACCCAGCUCUCUGCACUGUCCGCUUAGGGCGAGGGCGCUUUAUAUUUUUAUUUUCUUUUUUUUUGGUUUGGGGGCCACACUUAUGACUCUGCACCC